AUGUCGACUUUCUCCCUGCGGCAUCUCCUUGUCGUGUGCUCUCUCAUCAUAGCCGCCUUCUCGCUAGAGGUGACACCAGGCUCAGACUGUGCGGCCUUGUGCCUGGGUGGGACGAACGGGACGGUCAUCGACACUGCGACAUCAGGGACCAACUCCUCCGACAUCGUAUGCGAGAACAACCAAUAUCACUCUAGCGGCACCGGCAUCAAGUUCAAGAACUGUGUCAACUGUCUGCAGAAGAGCCAGGCUACCAAGGGCCCGGAGAGCGACGCUGCAUGGUUCAUGUACAAUGUUCGUUACGCCGUUGACGUCUGUCUGUUCAACGUCCCCGACGCCAUCUCCACCAUCAACUCGCCCUGCAUCAUCAACAGCGCCUGCUUGCCCCUCAAGAACGCUCUGACAGCCGCCCUUACAACGCCAGACGCUGAUACGGCAUACGACUACUGCACGGCGGACGGAAACAAGUUUUCGAGCUCAAGCUGGUGGUCCUGUGUGAAGUGUCUUCAGUCCAGCGACGACCAGAGCUAUCUCUCAAACUUUCUCAUCGCCCUCAAGGCCGGCUGCCAACGAAAGCCAACGGACGGAAGUCUGAUCGGGCUCACCGGGCAGCUCUUCUCCAAAGAGAUUGUCAACAUCACCGACUCGGCAACGAACACCACGCUCCCCGGAGACGGCGGAGCCUCCUCGACGACCAUGACGCUCGGCACCAUCGUGGGCAUCGCCGUCGGCGGUGGUCUUGUCUUCGUCGGCGCCAUCUGCCUCUUCAUCAUCUACUGCCGCAAGCAACGUAAACAACGACUCCAGGACGAGGGCGCCUCUCUCCACUACCACCAUCAACAACUACCCCCCAGAAGCAACGGCAGCUCCUUCACCGCGACCAGUAAUGGGGCCUACCUCCCCAUCGGCGGCGCGGACCACAAGAAAUCCUCCUCCAUCAACUCGUACAACUACGAGCUCCAAGAAAAGAACAUCAUCGCGAGCAGCAACAACAACAGCUUCAACAACAACGCAGAAUACUACGACAGGCUGGAGCAGGAAGUCCAGGCCGGCCGCGAAAUCUCCCACUACAACUUUGACCCGCACUCGGGUCACCACGGCCCCAGCAGCGCCUUACCGACACACCCGGCCUACAUCCCCCGCGCCAUGAGCCGGCAGUCGAAUCGCAGCACGCCGACCCCGACGCCGCCGAUCCGCAAGACCAACACGCCGGACUCGUACGCCCUGCAGACGUACCUCAACGCGGCAGAGGACCCCCUCUCCACCAUCAGACCACCACCCCGCGCCGUAUCCCGGACGCCGUCGCCCGCUCGGUCGCAAGGGUCCGCGUCUUUUACUACAACCACCAACAAUAACACACCAAAGGUGAUUAAUAUCCCGCCUCCGCCUCCGGGGAAACCUUCGAGGAAGACGUCGGUGCGGAUACCCUCCAUCUCCCUCCCCUCGGUGCCGCGGAUCCGCGUGCCGAAGCAAUACUCCCCGCCCUCCAUCACAGUCCAAGGCGCUACGCCGAUAGCGGACCGCGGCGAGAGGACAAACGAGAUGCAAAUCUCGGAACCCUUGACCUUCCACGAGGAGAGGUUCAGAGACGAGCCGCUCGCGGGCCGGUCGGCGAUAAUAUCGCACCAGGUGCCGGUGCGGGUUGACCCUGAAGAGUACGAGGGUGAUAUGCCGAUUCGGAGCGGCAAGAGUACUCUGUAUGGAUAA